GACUCCCAAACUCCAGGGCCUGGGCCCACGGCAAACUCUGACCUUGACCCCCAUAGGCCCGGGGCACUGGCUGACCCUUGCCCUCAGAGUGACCCCAGGGCAUGAAGUCGCCAACUUGCUCCUGACACCCCCCCCACCUGCCAAACUGCGACCCCCGACCCAAUGACCCCCCGGAGCCGGGAGUGACCCCUGACCCCCCCCCACCCCCCCGUUGCCAUGGCCUGUCUCCAGGAGAGGAGGACCCCGUCGCCGGGCCUAGGGGUGCUGAGCAGGCCGGAGGGCCUGAGGCCAGAUUCACCAGGCGGGGCCUCCCCGGCCGAACUCUCGCCCACCCAGUGCGCCCUGCAGGCGGGGCCCAGCCCGCCAGCCAUGACGGACGGCAGCGAGGACUCGCCCCGCGAGCACUUUGCCCGCAGCGUGCUGCAGCUGCAGGAGGGCGAGGGGCUGGCGUCCGGGGCCGAGGGUCGCAGGGAGGGCCGGGCCCCGGGCCGGGGCAGGCUCCAGUGCGCCCAGGCCGGGCCCGGCUUCUUUGAGGGCCUCUUUGGCUGCCUGCGGCCCGUCUGGAACAUCAUUGGCAAGGCCUACUCCACCGAGCACAAGCUGCAGGUCGAGGAGUCCUGGGAAGUGCCCUUCGAGGAGAUCUCCGAGCUGCAGUGGGUGGGGAGCGGAGCACAGGGAGCCGUGUUCCUGGGGCAGUUCCACGGGGAGGAGGUGGCCGUGAAGAAGGUUCGGGACCGGAAGGAGACGGAGAUCAAACAUCUCCGCAAGCUCAAACACCCGAACAUCAUCACCUUCAAGGGAGUGUGUACCCAGGCCCCCUGUUACUGCAUCAUCAUGGAAUACUGCGCCCAGGGGCAGCUGUACGAGGUGCUGAGGGCGGGGAGGAAGGUGGCCCCCUCCCUGCUGGUCGACUGGUCGAUGGGGAUCGCCGGGGGCAUGAACUACCUCCACCUGCACAAGAUCAUCCACCGGGACCUCAAGUCCCCCAACAUGUUGAUCACCUCUGACGACCUGGUGAAGAUCUCCGACUUUGGGACCUCCAAGGAGCUGAACGACAAGAGCACCAAGAUGUCGUUCGCCGGCACCGUGGCCUGGAUGGCCCCGGAGGUGAUUCGUAACGAGCCAGUGUCGGAGAAGGUGGAUAUCUGGUCAUUCGGUGUGGUGCUGUGGGAGUUACUGACGGGCGAGAUCCCCUACAAAGACGUUGAUUCCUCUGCUGUCAUCUGGGGCGUCGGAAGCAACAGCCUGCACCUUCCAGUCCCCACGGGGUGUCCCGAUGGGUUCAAACUGCUCCUCACACAGUGCUGGAACGGGAAGCCUCGGAAUCGUCCCUCGUUCCGCCAGAUCCUCCUGCACCUCGACAUCGCCUCGGCCGACGUGUUGGGGACUCCUCAGGAGACCUACUUCCAGUCCCAGGCAGAGUGGCGACAGGAGGUGAAGCGACACUUUGAGAAGAUUCGGAGCGAAGGGUCCUGCAUUCACCGACUGGACGAGGAGCUGGUCCGCAGGAGGCGGGAGGAGCUCAGGCACGCUCUGGAUAUCCGGGAACACUACGAGCGGAAGCUGGAAAGGGCCAACAAUCUCUAUAUGGAGCUCAACGCCGUCAUGUUGCAGCUCGAGCUGAAGGAGAAGGAACUGCUCAGAAGAGAGGCAGCCUUGGACAAGACCCACCCUGGGAUUUUCAGACCCCACCCGUUCCGUCCACUGAUACACACCAACUCUGUCGACAAACUGCUGCAGAAACGUCACCUGACACAAAGCAAGAGGCCGGAUCUGCUGAGGUCGGAAGUCAUCCUGCCCCGGUUGGACCGCCCAGCGACCAGGGUGGCGAUCGUGGGGGGUCAGGGCCCCUCGGGGUCCCCGGGGCGGUGCAGGGCACGAGCCAAAGCCCGCUGCCGAAGGGCGGGUGCCAAGGGGAGCCACGGGGACCUGCCCGCCCUGGGGCAGGCCGGGCCGGGGGCCCCAGGAGAGCCUGAGGCCUGCCCGGGCCUGGUGGGGUUGGUGGCUUGCUCGCCCCACCCGCCCUGCCUAAGGGGCCUCCCCCAGCACCUCCUCCCCAGGCCCCUCUCCUCCUCCAGCCCCGACCUCAUCUCUGGCACCAUGGAGGCCGAGAGCGGCCGGGGGCCCCGGGGCCCAAAGGAGGGGCCUACUCCCAGGCCCCGGCGGCGGGGGGUGCAGGCCCCGCCCUCGGAUCCCAGGCCCGGUCCCGGCCCGAGCCCCGGGGGGCAGGCCGGGGGACCCGAGUCCCGGGGCGGGGGGGCUGGAUCCCGGGAGGAGGAGGAGGAGGCGGCGGCCGGAGGUGGGGGACGGAGGCAUCAUCCGACCGACGGCAAGGCCCAGGCUCCCAGCGAGGGGAAGGGCCCGGCGAGGAGGAAGCAGAGACGCUGCUCGUCCGAGGAAGAGGGAGAGGUGGACAGCGAGAUGGAGUUUCCCCGGAGAGGGAGGGCCCCUCACGACCUCAGCGCCUGCCCCUCGCUCUCCACCUUCAGCCUGGAGAAUGUCUCGGUCUCGGACGAGGGCAACACCAGUGAGCUGUCGCAGAGCGUCACGCCGGACGUGCUCAGCACCAACACCGACGAGCGGCUGGAGGACGCCCUGUCGCAGAGCUCCGAGCUGCCGGCCGAGUCCCUGUCGCAGAGCUCUGAGCUGCCCGCUGAGUCCCUGUCGCAGAGCUCCGAGCUCCCGCCUGAGGCCGUGUCGCGGAGCUCCGGGCUGCCGGCCGAGUCCCCGUCGCGGAGCUCCGAGCUCCCGCCUGAGGGCGCGUCGCGGAGCUCCGAGCUGCCGGCCGAGUCCCCGUCGCGGAGCUCCGAGCUCCCGCCUGAGGCCGCGUCGCGGAGCUCCGAGCUGCCGGCCGAGUCCCCGUCGCAGAGCUCUGAGCUCCCGCCUGAGGCUGUGUCGCAGAGCUCCAAGGUGCCAGCCGAGGCCCUGUCGUGGAGCUCUGAGGCCCUGUCGCAGAGCUCCGAACUCCCGGCCAAUCUCCUCACUCAGUCCGACGGGUUGUCGGAGAAGGAGGCCUCCGUCCGGCAGGUCAAGUCGCAGGUCGCCGCCGGCAGGCUGUGUCCCGGCUGUCGGACACCGGGACCCUCCCCCAGCGAGGACUCCGACUGCGACCUCUCAGACCUGGAGCACUGCACGGACCCAUGCGGCCCUCCCGAACCUCGGAGCUCCUCCUGGUAGCCCGCGUGGCUGUGCUGGGUUGUACAUACUUCGGUUGUGACUGAAACACACGUGUGUCUCCUCCCCCCCGCCCCCCCACACAACCUUAUCGCGUGCUUCCACGGACAUGGAACCCCACACGCGUGUAAUCAGGGAUCGCCCCUCCACGCCCACCGUCCGGAGGAGAAGACGCCCUUCCCGAGGACGUCAGCCAUCGUAUAUUAGGUGCUACGGUCUGAUGUCCACCCCGACGCACGCGCGGGUGUGUGUGCGUGUGUGCGAGGGGGUCGGCCGGGGAGAAAUGUCCCUCUCCAGGAGGGAGGAACGCCCUCCUCCGCCUACGUCAUGGAGAGAGAGGGGUUGCAGCAGGGGUCCGAUGCUGUUCUCUCCCCGCACCCCUCCCCGCACACGUACACGCGCACACACGCACACACACACAAUAAACACGAGCAUUUUAGA